AGCAAGGCAGACAGCCCUAUUUAUAGCUAUACAACCAUUUAAAAUACGAGUCUCCAUCUUCUCUGAGCCUGAAGACUAUGACAGAAAGAUAAACAAGAUAAAGACAUAUUGAAAUAGGAGGAUGAAGACAGAGAUGACUGCUCCUCUUACACUCAUCUUCAUAACCCAGUGGAUGUUGCUGAUCACCCAGUUGUGUGUUGGCUGGCACUGCACAGACUGCAUGAACGGGUCAGCCAUUGAAAACUUCUCCUGUGUGAUUUAUAACAUCUCCCUCAUGAACUGCACUUGGCAGCCAGGCAGGGAUGCUCCAGGAGAUACCCAAUAUUUUCUCUACUGGCAGAACCCGCUACCUGGUGAAGUGAUGGAAUGUGAGCGUUACAUUAAAGAUGAAAAUGGUAGAAACACAGGAUGUAUGUUCCAAAAUGUGAGGAUAGAGCCUGAAAAAGCUUACUUCCUGGUGAACGGGUCUAGCAAAGAUGGCCUGAUCCAGUUCUAUGAUGAGUACAUUCAACUGUAUAAAAUUGAAAAGCUCAUGCCUCCAUCAAAUAUCACUGUCAACUGUGAUGAAAUUAAAAAUUAUUGCAUAAUUCAAUGGCAACAACCCCAAAUAAGUCAUUCUAACAAAGACAGCUGUUUUAAAUAUGAAAUCAACAUAAAGUAUAAGGAUAAUCCUGAGGGGAAAACCAAAUAUACUUCUAUACAAGAAUGGGCAAAUAGUCACACAUUUCAAAGAUCCAAUACAAGAAAGAAGUACCUCUUGAAAAUGAGAGCUGCUGGCAGCACCUGCUUCGUGAGCCCAGCCUGGGGAGAGUGGAGUGCACCAGUUGAGUUUGGAAAUGAAGAAAUUAUUUCUUCUUCAGUAUGGAUUUUACUUGUGGUAGCUGUUGCGACAUUCUUAGUGGUAAUCGUCACAAUUUUGUUCUGCAAAAGGACUGGCUGUUGGAAAGCAGCAUUUCCACAAAUCCCAGAGCCAACACAAGUAUUUCGUGGACUGCCUGAUACAAAACCAGAGCUGAUGGAGAGCAAAAUUCAGUCAAUAACAUCUGAAAAUGAAGAGAUAAUAUUAAUUACUGAUGUAGUGAAAUAACCAAGAAAAACUGAGGAAUGUGAAAGUGCAUUUCUUAUCUCAGGCAGAUGCAUAUUCCUGUGGAAAUCUGGAAUAAUAGAGAGGCCUUUUUCACUUUCUUCCUUUUCUUUACAAAAACAACAGUGCAGCCAAAAGAAAAUGAUACUUGUAAUUUUUUGAAAUGCCAUUGUAUUUGCUCUUAAUUUUGGCUGAUUUUAACUGUUUGGGUAACUUGUUCUUAUUGAAUAUCUUAGAUUUUAAUAAUAUAAUUGAAAUAUUUCAGUCAAGAAGUUUUAGUUACUUUUUAAUUUUUUUUAAGGAAAAAGCAUGGA